AUGACUUCACUGGCAUUCAUCUUCCUGCUCGCCUUCCUCCCAGCUGAAUCUGCAAGCAGCAGAUACCCCCCCAAGGAAGCAAGUAUCCCCGUGUUCGGACCACAGCAGGUAUAUGGUCUGCUCAACGGGUCGGUUACUGUGAAAUGCUUCUACCCUCCCACCAGUGUGAACAAACACGACAGAAAGUAUUGGUGCAGGGAGUCGGCCAUGGGCUGCACGACCAUUGUCUCCAGCAAUGGAUACGCUGCUCCGGGCUACAAAGGCAGAGCCUCCAUCACCGACUACCCAGAGGCAGAAAACUUCCAGAUUAGCAUCUCCGGGCUUACAAUGGCAGACAAGGGGACCUACCAGUGCGGUGUUGGUAUCAAUGGCAGAGGACUCUCCCACAAAGUCAGUCUGGAGGUUUCUGGAGGUCCACGUGUGCCCGAGGGACCUGAGCUCUUCUACGUAAAGCUACACGGCACUUUGGCCAUAACCUGCAGCUUUGGGAGUGACUAUGCAGGCGAGAGGAAAUACCUGUGCAAGAGGGAGAAAAACAGCUGCUAUGACAUCAUCGAUAGUACUAAGAAAGUUGAUGAGGAUUACAUAGGGCGAGUUCUGAUGAGCUAUGAGGACUCUCAAGGCUCACUCAGCAUUGUGAUAACUCAGGUGAGCUGGGAAGACGCCGGCUUGUACCAGUGUGGGUUUGGCACCUAUGGGCAGGAUGGAGAAACAAAGGAACUGGAUGUGGCCGUCUAUGAGGAGUCAAAUGUUCCUCAAGCAAAAACUACAAUAUUUGGAGUAAAAGGAAGUUCAGCAACUUUUGAAUGCCACUACAAUCCUCCAAGGAAGUCCUCAGUUUACUGGUGCAAGUGGAAAGAGGCCAGGUGUAAUCCGAUCAUAAACGGUUUGGGCUCGUACGAAGGACGAGUGGCAAUGUAUGACAGCCCAGAUAACAAGACAGUCACCAUGAUCCUGAACCAGCUGACGGACAGCGACAAAGGCUAUUACUGGUGCAUGACAGAUGAGAAGGAGCAGCAAUCGUCAAUUGAGCUGAAGAUCAUAGAUGGAGAACCUGGACUGAAGGGAAAGAAGAAAGUGGAGGCACAAGUGGGUUCACGUGUCGAUUUAACUUGCUCUUAUCCAUGCAAGUACUACUCCUACCAGAAGUACUGGUGCAAGUGGAGCAGCGACGACUGCACCCCCAUGACAGCUUCUGACCAAAGUCAGCCGGGGCCAGGUGUUACCUGUGACACUGACAACAAGACAGUUAUCCUGACCUUUGACCCGGUGACAGAGUCUGACCAAGGGUGGUACUGGUGUGGGGUGAAGCGCAAUGGUGUCUUCGGGGAGACCAUGGCAGUGUACCUGGACGUGACUGAAGGACGCAGCGCUGACCACAGCCUAGACCUCCCGGAAGUUGAGGCCCCCAGCCACGCCGAGAAUGGCGUUAUUCCCCAAGGAAGAGCCUACAGCGAUGCUGGAGUGGGAAGCGCAGCUGCCUCGGAAGGCUCUGACCAAAGCCAGGGCCCCAAUAUACUUCUUCUAGUCCUAGGCCCUGUUGGUGCCGUGCUCCUGAUCCUGGCGACAGCUUUUGCUGUUUUUAAGUACAGGGGGAUGAAGCGCUCUGACCUGGUGUCCGUCGGGAGCUACAGGACCAACAUCAGCAUGUCAGACUUUGAAAGCGUGAAGGAGUACAGCACAAGCAACAACACCUGUGUGGCAGAGAGCCAGGAGACUCAGAUCGGAGGCGAUGAGCUCAUCACCACCCCAGCCACCCUGGAAAGCGCUGCCGAGACAAAGAAGGCAAAUCGGAGGUCCAAGGAGGAUGCUGACCUCGCCUACUCCGCCUUCCUCCUCACCUCCAGCAGCAUCGUACAGGGCGGCUCCGAGGGGGACAGCGCUGCCCCGGAUGUGUCCUCCCCAGACUGGGGGGGCCAGGUCUGA